AUGACUUUGCUGGUGUCUUUCACACAGGCAGAGCUUGCAGAGCGCUUAGCAGCCGUCCUUCCAUUGUUGAGUGCCGAGGGAGCGCUGCUGUACUUCAAGGUGUUUGCCAAGACGAUGCAGCGGGAGUGGUUUGGCAUCGACAAGCUCCGCCUGGACAAGUUCAUGAUGCUCGUGCGCAAGUUCCUGCACCAGCUCUUCGUCCACCUGCAGGAGGGUGGCUGGGACAGCGAAAGGACGGCGGCAUACUGCGCGUUCCUGUCAGAGGAGGUAUUCCUGAUGAGCGACCGGGAGCCGUCGGCUGGUUUUAGCCUGCACCUGGCGGACAUUGCUGUUUCAGAGCUGUGCGCAGCCUGUGAUGAGGCGGGCCCUGUGCCCAGAGAUGCGCUGGAGGCAUUGCUGGAGCCGUUCUGUCUCGCUGCAGCGCGCACAAAGAGGCCGGCGCUGAUGGCAAGGCUGCAGGACGGAGUCUUUGGAGAGCUGCUGGAGAUGGGCAGUAAUGGAGCACUGGCCAACAUGGACAUGCAGACCAUGGGUGCCAGGCUCUUUGACCUCGGUGCGCAAUCGGAAGUCAGGGCCAGGAAUAGGGAGGUGCUGUAUGCUCUCAGCAAGCUCUUCGAGCGCGCGGAAGCCAAGCGGCAGAAGAAACUAAACGAACCUGCGCGUCCGCCGGCUCCAGCCUCUGGCGCUGGCUCUGGUGCACCUCCAGCGGCGGCAGGGAGUCGCGGUGCUGGCACAGAGGCCCCUGUGAAGCAGAGCGGCAAGAAGCAGAGGGCAGCUGAAGCGCCCUGUGCCAGCGACCUGGCAGGGGCAUGCGAGGGGGAGCUGCCGGCUCCCAGCACUCCCCUCACAACGCAGGGUGCAGCAGCAGCUGCACCAGCAAAACAGAGUGGGAAAAAGCGGAAACAGACAGUAGAUCUGCCUGCAACGCAGCUGAAUGGUCAGUCGGGCGCGCAGUCCACUGGGAAGAAGAGGAAGAAGUCCAUGGCGGCCCUGGUGGCUGAAGCUGCCGCCAUGAAGGCUGGCAGGUCCGCAGGUGGCGCGCAGCCGGUGGCUGCCUCCACACCCGAUGCAGCCACCCCCUCAGGGCGGCCACCUACCACUCCAUCGUCAGCCAUUGCCGCGGCUGCAAAGCUCACAGAGUCCCAGCGCAAGAAGCAGGUCAAGUUUCAGAUGAAGAACAAUCUGUACUUUGAAAAGGGCGGGCCGGUGCCCCCAGCAGAGGUGCGGACGCCGCCGACGGCAAAGCCAAAGGGCAGCGCCCUCAAGAAGACGUCAUCUGUGGCGCCCAGACCCAAGAGCCCCAGGAUGCAGGGAAGCGGGCUGAAGAGGAAGACCAAGGCGGCCCUCUUCUUCUGA